GCGAGGGGCCGACGGCGCCGGCGCCGUGGAGGCUGCAGGGCCACAGUCAUCUCGCCGAGUGGCCGGGCCAGCAUCUGCAGCGGCCGAGACAUGAGGCGCCCCCGCACCGCGUCGCGCUGAGCAGCCACCGAAUCCGUCUCCGGUGUUGUGACAGCUCGAGUGACAUGGCCCGCACCUGGAAAAUUUAUGUUUGGACCAUCCUGGCAUUUAUUAUUACUUGGCUGGCCUCUCAGUCAAUGGCAGCUCUGGCUACUCACGAUAACUCUAUACCAGGGCUGAAAGGAGCGAAGAACGCGACCAACUCGUCGGCUCCGCGAGCCCGUCCGUUGGUAGCAAAGUUGCGAGUGAGCCCGAUAGCCCGCGGUGGCGUCUUCCCGGUCGGCUCGGCGGUCAAGUCGGCGUCGAGGGCCACACAGGAGAACGAGUACUACUCCUACGAGUACUCAGACGAGCCGCUUGCCAACGACAACAACAACAGUGGAAAAAGUGAGGCGGCAAUUUGGCUGCAAGGAGUGGUUCCCGACCCUGAAGCGGUCAAGGCUGCGGAGGAGAUCGAGGGACAGGCCCUGAGCGACGAGCCAGAGGAGGAAGUGGAGCUGCCGGAAAACAGUCUCGCCGACGGCGAUCUCCACGAUCACGACGUCAUGGACAGCGUCAUGUUCAUCUACUUUGGCCCCAACGAGCAAGAGAGUGGUGGAACAACUAGCCAGGUAGUGCUCGCGGGAAUGGUCGUGGCCCUGCUCGCUCAGGGAUUGACAGCCUUCGGCGCCCUGAGAAAGGUGGCCAGAUCAAGGUGCAGGUCCACCCCUUCGGCAGGAAUUCCGUCGGGUUCUGUGCACGCGGCAAUUGUGCUGCUUCACACAGAACUUGCACUCGCGACUGCUUCGCUGGUUUUCAUCUUUGCAGUCCACGCCACAAUGGACGGUGCGCGUUGCGAGGCGGUUUCAUUGUUGCUGCACUACCUCCACCUGAGCGCCGCAUGCUGGCUCACGGCCAACAGCGUCAGGGUCUACAUCUGGCUUGCCAGGGAAACCUCACUCGCACACGAAAGAUCCUCGUCGAGGCCACCCGGCCUUCAGGGAUUGGCCGUCAUCGCCUGGGCUCUACCACUGCUGCUCGUUUUGCUGAGCUACAUGAUCCAUCCUCGAGGCUAUGAAUACCGAAGAUACUGCUGGCUUUCCAUCCAAAAGGGAAUGCUCGUCUCCUAUUUGGUGCCGGUCGCAUUUUUGAUAACGGCGACAACAGCUUUGGCAGUGAUGGGGGUGCGGAAGGCGCCACACAAGUUGCACUGCACGGCCGCCGAGGACGCUGCCCGGCUGAGUCUCCGUCUCAGCGCCUGGACGAUGCCCCUGUUCGCCGUGUCUUGGUUCUUUAGCGUGCUGGCCCUCGAGCAGUCGCAGUCCCUGGCGGCCUCGCUCCUAUUCGCAAUCACCGUUGCCAUUUUCAAUUGGUUCUUGUUCGCGUGCUCGUCGACUCUUUUUCCCGACUGUCCCUCCACGCUGGUGCGCAACUUCCACCCGCUCGCGAUGCCCGCGGGUCCGCACGGCCCUGGCAACCUGCUGACCGCACCGCCAUCACCUUUGCAGAACGACGCCCAGCCGCUGCUACCUGCCACAACUGCGGGCAUGAGCGGACGCGACUGGAACCACGGAUGGACACCACGCACACACCCUGAGCUACCCUCACCGGCAGACAGGUCGGUUUGGGCUGAGGACGAUGAUGCUGGUGGCACAGCAGGAGCCGCAGCCUCCUCUGCCCUGGCGUGCCACCCUGAGGAUGACCUGAUUGAGCCUGAAGAAACGAGCGAGCUGCUGGAACUCCGCCUCGAGAACAUAAGCACCAUCAGCACUUAAAGACUUAAUACGGCAAAAUUGCAAGGAAUGCAAAUUAACUCUUUUACAAAAACUAAGAACACAGAGGUACUUGAAAUUCAAUUGGGAGACGGCUAAUUUUUCGCACAGUUAGUAAAUAGGUUCGGGCUUGAAGUUUGCUUCAGACACAAUCUCUGAGAAUACGUUGAAGCAAAGAAAUUUUGAAGCGAUGAUUGAAGGAGUUAAUUGCGGCCCAUUUUAAAUCGCUUCUGCAUAGAAGUUGAGGGGAAACCUAAGAGCGUAAAUUCGGUUGCAGAACAAUUUAUUCAACUCAUUGUGUAGGCCUAUAUUAGGCAAUGAACUAUAUGCAUUUUUAAUUAUCUCUUUCACAUUUACACUGAAUCGUGCAAUUAUACAAGAUAACAUUUUCGUGAAUCAUUUCAUUUAAGUGCUAUAUUUGGAGAUCACCAAAAGUUUGAAUUUACCAUGUUACGCUCUCAUAGAGUCGCACAAAGUUUGAUUUCCCCCUUUUCGUUUGUUUCAUUAAUUAUGAUAUUAUCUCAAAGUUAUAUUGAAAUAUGUGCAAUUAAAAAUACGAAGCAAGUUGUUGUAAUAAAUGCUUACAAGCGGAUAGAAAAUGAUUGAAUUGAUGGCCUACACUUGAAACAAUCUCACAAACAGCAAUUAUUUCUCUCAGAUCACGAUUGGAUGGUUUAAAAGCAAAUUUUGUCCCUUUUGGAACAAUGCUACACGCAUUGAUAUGUUAGAAAUAUAAAUUGAAUUUAAUGAAAAUAUAUUGUGGAAAAUUGUCGACCCUGCCGUUAGCUAGUACUAUAUCAAAAUAGAAACGGUGAUAGGCGUGCAGUUUGGGAAAAUUACGGCAAUCAGGAAUGUUAUCUUUGUAAUCAAUAGGUGCUGUUAAAAGUAAAAACGAAACAAAAAAAAAUAAUUGGUUGAUCGAUUGAGUCUUUCAAAAAACAAACGGAGGAUCUCGAGGAAAGAGAUUGCUCUUUUUACUUGUAAUUAAACAUUUAACGCGAGACGGUUAUCUGCAGAGACCGAGAUUAAUUUACCUCACAAUAGCGAACAUAAUUAUUAUAUAUUACGAUAAAAUGACAAACAAUUAGAGUUGCCUUUCGGAUUUUCCUAUAACGUGUAAUUUUGGUCUCUAUAACGUACAUAUUGCCAGCGUUUUAGCAUUUUGUGAUCUCGACUAAUAUGCAUAAUAUGUAUUAUAACAUGGAUGACACGUUAAUAUAUUUAAAAAUUUAAAGAAUAGCUCAUUUCGUAGGCGAAUCUAAUAGCAACCCUAUCCAUCUUCUUAUGGUGCUCAAGUGUAAUUAAAUGGAUUGAGAUUCUUCCCGAGAUUUCCCUCAAGUAAAAUUGUGUCAACAAACAAUUUUCUCCAUUUUUGACACACAAAACACGCAUGUGGAUUAUGAUCGAGACGACGACGACCCACUCUAUUUGUAAGAUGUGUACAUUAUUAUAUAUUUCAAAAUGAAAAUUAGACAUUAAGCAAGAGGAAAUCACAUAACACAAUCUCUAUUACGCCAAGCUAAUAAUCAUAAGCGAGGAGGCAAUCUUGAAAGUGACAUUUUUUGUGCUAACGGCCUCCUGAUCUUGGCAAAAGUGUAAAUUAUUUGACUCCAAACAGUGAUAGGGACGCAAUCCUAAUAAAUCAUUACAUCAUACUUUGAGGCAGACGUCGGCCGUUGACCGUCAAAUGUUGUUUCCAAAAUUGCCUGCUUAAGUUCUCACGAUUGCUCACCUCGAAUUAGUUGAAAAUCACUCUCACUCGAUCCCAUACAGCUAACAUUCGGAGAGUUGCAGCUGAAACACCUUUGGCAGCUAAGCAGCAUUGUUGCGACGUCGAUUUUUUUGUGAAAAGCAUUGCAAUCACUUGUAAUAAUAACACAAAAGUAUCAUUUUCAUGUUCGUCUUCCAUAUUAUCAACUACCAUAGCAAAAGACUACUUGGCGAGGAAAUUAAAAUUUGAGUAUUACAAUGUAUAGUACAGUUAUUUCCGCUUUCAGGCUUUUUGAACUUUCCCACGGUUAAUUUCUAGUUGGAUAAGAAAAUUUUGCAUUUCUAUUUGUAAGCCUAGAUUGUUUAGCGUAUUUUAGUGCAUGGAUUUCUAUUAUCAAACUGACACCGUGUCAAGCAAAAGGAAUGCGAGCCAACGGACCUGGGAUUUUUACCCCAUUUCGAAUUGCGUAAAAUAAUGCAAACAAACCAAACCAAUUAUUAUACGAGGGAAUUAUUAAUUUUUAAUUGAUUCUUAUGCGUAGAUUUUUCAAACUUUACGAGAAGAUUGUAAUUCAAAAAGUAAAAAAAACAUGUACUUAACACAAAAUAAUGGCAUACACAAGCAACACACCAUCUUUGGAUUCUGUAAAUUUUGAAAUCAAUAAAUGCUUCAAAUUAAAA